UCGAUGGCGGACGCAGACACAGCGAGACUAUGUAAACAAAUUGUCCAGUCACAAUUUGGCCCCCUGGCAGCAUCUGUGGUGUCAGUUCUACUGACGCGGGGACGGUUGCCCCUACCGCUCAUCGCUCGGCUCUCUGGGCUGAAACUUAGAACGACACGUGCUGCCAUUAUAGUUCUCGUCCAACAUAACAUUCUAUGGCAUGCUCAGUCAGACGAUGAUGGCGAAGUAUUUGAGGUUAACGUCGACGAGUGCCUUCUAAGAUUGCGGUAUGGACGAUAUGUAUGGCAGGCAGAGCAGUUGUUCGGGAAGGCGGGCGCAGAUAUUGUUCAGCUGAUACUGGACCAUGGCAAGCUUCGUCCGCUAGACAUCAUAUCUCGGCUUUCCGUAUAUGACCCCUUGAAAGCGUCCGCUAUGUACUCGCAAGCUCUCCACAGACUAGUCGACGGCUCGUACCUAAGGCCAUCUACCAUCCUAUCUCACAUUUCUCCGCGCGAUAAAAGGAUACGUUAUGAGGUCGAGGAGAAGGCAAAAAUAUCUGGAUUUCCCACGGCAAAGGAACUUCGUGAAGCGAGGGAGACCGCCGAAGCCAGACUGAAGCGGGAGGAGGACGAAGCGGAACAGACCGGCAUGAAACGAAAAGCCAGAGACCAAUCUGGCCGGUCAUCCAAGCGAAAAGCAAUGGACGAGGACGUUGUUAAUGAGGAGGUUUACUUCCGUGUCAAUUGUGAAAAAUUCAAUAUUCACAUCCGGAACAAGCUCAUUGUGGAUGCUGUGAUUGAACGUUUCAACGAGUCGGCUGGCCUUGUACUACAAGCGACGCUGAAAGCCACGGAUGCGAAACAGAUGAAGCUGUCAGACGUUCGGACAGAUACUACAUCGUUGGCGAAUAUUGCCAUGCAAUUGUCUGACGAUGACGAUUUGUCCGCGGGCCUCGUUCUACAAUCAUCGAAAAAAGCCUCAACUAUGUCUAUGCUUAAAAAUUAUCUAGGCAUCCUGGCCUGCGCCGAUAAUCCAACACCGGCAGGGCGUGCUGCAUCGUUUGUGUCCGUCAAUGGCUCCAAAGUGCAAGUCGAAUUUGAGAUAGUGGGGCGACGACUGCGGAGGAGGGUGUUAGAAACAGUUGCCCGUGAGCGCCACGGAGACGACGGUGUUAGGGUUGUGCGCCUCCUGCUGGACAGCGGCAAAAUGGACGAAAAACAAAUCUCUAAGAUUGGGAUGAUGGCUAACAAGGAUGCUCGCCCUCUGCUGUCCGCCAUGUCUGCAGACUCUUUGAUAAGCCUGCAAGAAGUACCGAAAAGCGCAGAUCGCAACCCAACGCGAACGUUCUACCUCUGGUUUAUCGAUCUGCAAAAAUCAUAUUCCGUCCUCUUAGACAAUCUGUACAAAACGUUGUAUAAUAUCGCCACGCGUCGUCAAGCGGAGUCCGAUGAACCCGUAGUCAAAGCUGUGCUUGAAAAGCGGCAGCGCAGCGAUGUCAGCCAGGACGAAGAGCGUUUGUUAACGCGGAACGAACGCGAGAUCCUCGCGCAGUGGGAGAAGAAGAGAGAAAAGCUUACCGUACUGGAGAUGCGCGUGGAAGAAGCUGUAUUCAUUCUGCGCGACCUAGGUGCCCUGGGCAAUAGUGACGAUUGA